AUGGCGACACUUCCUCCGGAUCCAAAAUAUCUUUUUCGUGGUGAUAUGGGUUGUGUGAAUUGCAUUCUUUUUCAAAUAACUCCCAAUGUAGAACAUCUUUAUGCAGGCACUACCAAAGGCAACAUUCACAUUUGGGAUCUAAAUACAAAUAGAGAAUUAUAUCAAAUUAUAUCAGAAGAUUCUUGUUUAAAUUUGCAAAGCUUAAACAAUAAUACUUUGUUUGUACAACAUAAAUGUGGUUUAAUCAAAAUGUAUAAAAAAACAGAAACUCAAUGGACUGCAUUUAAGUCCAUUAACAUAGAUUUUUAUCACUAUUGCAGGUUUCAAGUAUUUUCUGGAAAUGAAAUAUUUGUACCACUUAAAGACUCUGCAGUUGGAGUAUUAUCUUUGAAUACUUUUAAUACUGAACUGAAAUUGAAUUCUCAUAAUUCCAAGAAUUUAGGAGAAGUAAUGGCUAUCAAACCACUAAAAAAUGAAAAAGUUUUAGUUGCUUAUGAAGCAGGAGAAUUAAUUCUAUGGGAUGUUCGGCAAAAUAAAAUAUUAAGUUCUUUAACAGUAGAAGCAUGUCCAAUGGCAUUAGAUUUUGAUACUACAUUAUCAAAAGGGGCCAUUGCUGGUCCCUCUAAUAAUAUACAGAUAUUUAGUUUAUCAGUUAAUCAUCUAUUGCAUAAUAAAAAUAAAAUAACUCUGACAAAUCCUGGAAUUUCUGUAAUUACAAUUAGACCUGAUACUAAAAUUAUGACGACUGGAGGAUGGGACAACCGGAUUAGAAUAUAUUCUUGGAAAACCUUAAAACCAUUAGCUGUUUUAUGUCAACAUAAAGAUACUGUACAAGAUAUUAUUUAUUCUACAGAAGGAAUAAAAGCUUAUAAUAAUAAAUUGAUAAUGGCUACAGCUGCAAAAGAUGGAUACAUAGCAUUAUGGGAUAUUUAUAAUUGAAUUUCAUCACAAAAUCAAUGAAAAAUUUUUGUUAUAAUUUAAAUAACAUAAUAAAACUUUAAUUAAA